AUGUUUAAUAAAAGUGUCAUUUCUGUGCCGAGUGAAUUAUUAAAAGUAAAAACAAUAAAUGAAAGUGUAUCAUCGACAUUUACUCUAACCGGUAACAACUUGUGGGAUAGCUUAUUACGAGAAUGUUUAACUAAACCAUCAUUUUCAUGCAUACAAAAGAAUGUGUACACAUAUUUAGAUGAUGUCUUGCAAGAAAAAGACAUGAAUGUAACUAACCGGUUGCGAUUUAUAAAAAACAAAGUUGACUAUAGGAAAUACUCUGGAGAACACCAACAGUAUGAAAAUGAAAUUUCUGAUGAUGAAAUACCAGAAACACCCAUUGAAGAGGUAACUGCGGCAUUGUAUGACAAAAGUUUAAACUUUAUGGUGACACACAACAUGGAGUUUAAGAUGCCUGAAAUGAUGUUUGAUGGGGCUGUAUUCAAAGUUUCACCAAGAGCUAUUGAAGGAAAUGGCAUAAUUGCAAAAUUAGAGUUAUUACCUAAACAAGAGCUGCAAGAACGAAUUGAUAGUUCUCCAAGAAUAUUUUUAAAAAAGAUAAAGAAAAAUAUUAAGCAAAAACUUUUGUUGGCAUUUGUUGGCAUAAUUUUAAUUAUAAAAAUCAUAAAGAUUAAAGUUUUUUGGCUUUUGCCCAUGAUUGUCGGAGUAACAACGGCUAAAAAAUUGGUUUUAAAAUUUCUUUUAUUUUUGUUUCCUGCUUUAUCACAUAUAUUCAAGCUGUGUUCCUAUUAUCACUCAAACUAUCACAAAACCAAUUAUCAUCAUCACCAUCAUUCAAUAAGUCAUGUACACAAUUUACCAAGCCACCCCCACGAAGUUCCGGAAAUAAUUUUAUCACAUCCUCCUAAGGGACAUCCGUCUGAGUUCAUUCAUGGAUCUCCAGUACCGCAACAUAUAUCACACGAAUAUCAUGGACCAGAUUGGGAAUUUUCCGGACCAGGAUUAGGAAGCGAGUAUAUCAGUGACACACAAAGAAUUAUACAUGUAGAUAAUUUCAAACCAAAGUAUGACGAUAUAAAAGAUAUUAAUGCUUGGGGUUUAGGUGGCACAAUCACACCAUCACCAAUUCAUAACUACAAUGUUAAUCCAUUAUUCAAUGAGCUACCGAGAAUUGUUAAUCCAAAGCCUCAUAAAUCAACAAUUGUUUCUCCAAUAUACGGUCCAGUUCAUAGAGUGUCUGCAGCUGAAAGCCAAAUAAACUCCAAUUUCGUUAAACCUCAUAUUGACAAUAUCAUGACAAAAGAAACAAAACGCCAACAAUUUGCUCAACAACAAGAAAUGCUUCGAAUUCAAGCUGAACAAAAGCUCAUUGCUAAGCAACAACAAAUACUGAAAGACCAACCGUUUGUUCAAGAUACCGAGAUUUUAAAUCCGAAACCACUAGAUCCAUUUUAUAGUCCAAUUUUAAUGAAAUUAGAUAAAAUUUUCUUGCAAAUUGGAGUUAUUGAAGAGGUAUGCAAAGAAAAAUUAGUUUGCAGUAUGUAUAAAAAUCCUAGUCGAUACAGUCCACACAGUAAUUAUGUGUCUGCAGAACUUAGCAGGGAUCCAAAUGAGCUUCAAAAACCUUCAUCAACAAAUGUGGCAGUUAUUCGGUUUUAUCGGUAUAUUCAAGCUGCAAGAGAUGGCCAAGACCAAAAAGAUUGUACACAAAUCUAUGCUCAAUGUCUUCUAAAUAUGAAUGGCAAAAAAUAA